AUGCCGACUACGCUGAACCUCGCAGGGCAGGGCCCCGUCACCCUCGACUGGGCCCUCGCCGAGGAGAGAGAUGUCAUUGACUGGGCGAGCUACAGGCCUGCGGCCGACAGACUCAUUCAGGACCUUUGGUCGCAAAAGGACACGAUCGAGGCGCUCAUCAGAUACCACAUGUGCCUGACCAAGCGAGAUGACUGCGUCGUGCUCCCACCGCAGCACUGGAUUCAAGGUGCCUUCAACAUGUGCAUUUUCGCCGAGAUCACAUACGGCGGCAGCGCAAAAAGUGGCAAUACCCGCAGAGUGGUCUUUCGCUGUCCUAUGCCACAUAAACUUGCAGAGGCUCGAUCUCCCGGGACUAUUGAUGAGAAGAUGGGGUGCGAGAUCGGGGCGUAUGCUUGGGUUGAGGAUCAUUGCCCCGAGAUUCCCUCGCCACACCUCUUUGGCUUUGGUUUGACCAACGGUCGACACUUCACCCACUCAAAGCAUAUGCCAUUGCUGCCCCGGACUCUCCGACAUUGCUGGCGCUUUAUCCACUGGGUCUUUGGACUCCCGCUCCUCUCCCAUUAUGUACAGAACCAUCCCAGCGGCAACCUGACUUCUGCAUACAUGCUGCUCGAAUACCUUGGACCAGACACUGGUCGCAUGCUCUCCGAUACCUUUGGUGCUCAGUGGAGGGACGUGGAACGACGAAAGCGCCUAUUUAGAGGCAUGUCUCGAAUCAUGCUGUCGUUGGCCAAGAUUCCACAGCCGAGGAUCGGAUCCUUUUGCUUCAACGACGACGGGACCAUUACACUAACGAAUCGGCCUCUCAGCUUCGACGAGGAGUGGAAUGUCACAGGCUUGAUCGAUCUUGAAUGGAUCUGUGCGCUUCCUCGCGAGAUGCAUUGUGUGCCGUACUGGCUUACCGGCUGCGCCAUUGACGGACUCAUAGACGAACACUCUGACGAGUUCGACAAGGUGCGAGAGGAGUUUAUGCUCAUAUUUGGACAGGAAGAGCGGUUGAUGCGUGCUCGUGCUCGUGACUUCUGUCUAACCAAGGUCAUGCGAGAGACAUGGGAUUCACGGGGAGUGUGGUUUUGGUAUUGCAUAUCUUCUGUCAACGCCAUGUGCUUCCUUCUUGAAGCGAACAUACUGCCAGCGGGAUCCUUGGGGCCCGAGGCCGAGGGAGUUAUAUCCAAGUUCUGGUGUCGGGAUUCGCGAGCUGUUGUGAAGGCAAAAUUGGAGGAUCGCAAGGCAUACGAUGAGGAGCUUCGCAAAUUGUUUCGGUAG